GAUGAAAUGGAUGAAGCAGUCGAGGCUCCUCCAUUGACGAGUGUUAAAAGAGAAGCAUCUGACGUACCGCAUGGAAAUGAUGGAAAGAAAUCAAAGAUAGAUUAGUCUUCAUUGUGCACUUCUCGUUAUUCACUUAUCGACUUUUUAUUUUUUUUUGAUGGUUUGUGCCAAUAUAGCUUAAAAACUGCAAAUUUCGUUUAUUUAAGUUUAAGUUGACACGUUUAAAGCAAAGUUGACUAUAAAGUGUUCACUGGCAUUAGUAUUUUGAGCGAUAUGACGUGAUAAAAAAUAGUUAUUAUUCUAAUACGUGAUGUAAUCUAUAUGUUUCUUUAUAAACUCUGCUAAAACGUCAAUUGUGAUUGUCGGAGAGAAUAGUUUUUGUUUCAAAAUAAAGAAAAAAAUAUUCUGUUAGUUAAGUUGAAUGGAAUACUAAUUUUUAUGGACAA